AUGCCAAAAAUCAGUGCGGGUGAGAAGGCGCUCAAUGAGCUGGGCUACAAGCUGGGUCAGACCUUAGGGGAGGGCAGUUUCUCAAAGGUGAAAGCAGCCACCUCUACCAAACACAAAGUCCCCCUGGCCAUUAAGGUGGUGGAUAGGCGACAAGCCCCCCCAGCCUUCGUGUACAAAUUCCUGCCCCGGGAGCUUUCCAUUCUACGCAGGAUCCGUCACCCCAACAUCGUGCACAUCUUUGAGCUCAUCGAGGUGUGCGAUGGGAAGCUCUACAUCGUGAUGGAGGCGGCAGCCACCGACCUUCUGCAGCUGGUGCAGAAAAUGGGCAAGAUGCCCUGCGUCCCUGAAGCCCGCGACAUCUUCGCACAGAUUGUGGGGGCUGUGCGCUACCUGCACGAUCGCAAUCUGGUGCACAGGGACCUGAAGUGUGAGAACGUGUUGCUGACUGCCGACAGCCGCCGGGCCAAACUCACCGACUUUGGCUUCAGCAAGGAGGUCAACGUCUACCCGGACCUGUGCACCACGUUCUGCGGCUCAGCAGCCUACGCUUCCCCGGAGGUGCUGAUGGGUGUCCCGUACGAUGGCAAGAAAUCCGACAUGUGGAGCCUGGGGGUGAUGUUUUUUGUCAUGGUGACCGGCCGCAUGCCCUUCAACGACUCCAACAUCCGCAGCCUACCCCAGCAGCAGAAGAAGGGGGUCCUGUACCCAGAGGGAACACCCCCAUUGCCAGGGCACUGCCAGGCCCUCAUCUCCCAGCUACUGAACUUCAAUGCGGAGCGCCGGCCUGGCGCGGGGCAGGUGGCCAAGAACUGCUGGCUGAAAGGAGACAUCUGA